UCACGCAGUAUGGCGGCUCGGGGCCGGGGCGGCUGAGGGGCCGGUCCGAGAGGGAAUCCGUGUCCAUCCUUCUCGGGAGCUGCGGCGCCGGUGCUGGCUGUCUCGCUAGUAACGAGCGGCGGGACCAAAGCCGCGAUGGCAUUUGGAACCGCGGGGCUGUGAGGUAGCAGGGCGGGCAGAGCGACAGAACCGGGUCGCGGACGAACCGAGCUGCCGCCAUGGAGCUGAGGGUGGGAAACAGGUACCGGCUGGGCCGGAAGAUCGGGAGCGGCUCCUUCGGGGACAUCUAUCUUGGAACUGAUAUUGCUGCUGGGGAGGAGGUUGCAAUUAAGUUGGAAUGUGUGAAAACCAAACAUCCUCAGCUCCACAUUGAGAGUAAAAUCUACAAAAUGAUGCAGGGUGGAGUGGGUAUUCCUACAAUUAAGUGGUGUGGAGCUGAAGGGGACUACAAUGUAAUGGUGAUGGAGCUGUUGGGACCGAGUCUUGAGGAUCUCUUCAAUUUUUGCUCAAGGAAAUUUAGUCUUAAGACAGUCCUAUUACUUGCUGACCAAAUGAUUAGUCGAAUUGAAUAUAUUCACUCAAAGAACUUCAUCCACCGAGACGUGAAGCCAGAUAACUUCUUAAUGGGCCUGGGGAAGAAAGGCAAUCUUGUAUACAUCAUAGACUUUGGGUUAGCAAAGAAGUAUCGAGAUGCUCGAACUCACCAGCAUAUUCCCUAUCGUGAAAAUAAAAACUUAACAGGAACUGCUCGUUACGCAUCCAUCAACACUCAUCUUGGAAUUGAGCAAUCUCGCAGAGAUGACUUGGAGUCCUUGGGCUAUGUACUGAUGUAUUUUAACCUGGGCUCCCUCCCCUGGCAGGGACUGAAAGCAGCAACAAAGAGGCAGAAAUACGAACGUAUCAGUGAAAAGAAAAUGUCUACACCCAUUGAGGUUUUGUGUAAAGGAUAUCCUUCUGAAUUUGCCACAUACUUGAAUUUCUGCCGUUCUUUGCGCUUUGAUGACAAACCAGACUACUCCUAUCUAAGGCAAUUGUUCAGAAACCUCUUCCACCGGCAAGGGUUCUCCUAUGACUAUGUCUUUGACUGGAACAUGCUGAAAUUUGGUGCAAGCAGAGCGGCUGAAGAUGCUGAACGUGAAAGACGAGAACGAGAGGAAAGAUUGAGACACACACGGAAUCCAGCUGUGCGUGGGUUACCCUCCACUGCUUCUGGCAGGCUGAGAGGAACACAAGAUGUAGCUCCUUCUACUCCUCUUACCCCAACUUCACAUGCUGCCAACACCUCUCCUCGGCCAGUAUCUGGUAUGGAACGAGAAAGGAAAGUGAGUAUGAGAUUGCAUCGUGGUGCCCCAGUCAAUAUCUCGUCAUCUGACUUAACAGGCCGACAGGAUACCUCUCGCAUGUCAACUUCGCAGAAUAGCAUUCCUUUCGAACACCAUGGCAAGUAGCUGCUCGUCUCCUUUCGUUGGAAGGCAGCACUGGGUGAAUUUUCCAUGUUACCUUCUAAUAAAGGAGGAAAAUACAGGGAACUUCGUGUAGCUACAGGUGGGUGCAAAACAUUUCACAGCUUGUUGGAUUUUUAGAUUCACAUGCUUUUGGCAAUGAAUGAUUUAAAAUAUACUGAGAGCCGCUUAUGUAUGUUAACUGGAAGGAUGUGUGCUGAUGUUGUCUUGUUUUUUGGCUUUGGUAGAUUCCUGCUCGGGUACCUACCAGUGUUCUCCAGUCUGCUGUGCACCGAUGAAAAUUAUUUUGCCAUGGAGGGCAGAUAAUGCAUGGCUGAUCUCCUAUGUUACCGAUGGCUUUACUAGCAAAAAUACCCUAAACUAGAGCGGAAACAUUACAAUUGGAGUUCUCCAUGUGACUUAAAAGGCACUUGGAGGAACAUGGACAGACUCCAGCAGCUGCCAUUACAGGACGCUUUUGCCAGAAACCCAAUGACCUUAAGAGAACCCUGUGGUAACAGGGCUGGAAAAGAAAGAUGGUUUACAGAGUUGACCGCCUGUUAUCGGAUGGCCAUUUCAGUUUUCCCUCCACAGGCGGCAGACUUUACCCCCUUUUUAUUAUUCUACUGUAACUAUAAAUCUUUUACUUGGUUUAAGAAAGUUUUUUGUAUCAUUUUGCUAAAAUUAUUGGCUUAAUUCUCUGUAAAGAACUCUUGCUUUUGUCUGAUUUAAAAAUGUAGAAUAUAAACAAACCUAAACUAAAGACAAUGGCUUGAAAUCUCUUGUUUAAAAGAAAAACAACAAACAAUUAGUCUGGCAGGGAACAUGUAAAUGAAUCAAAACCAUCUGACUUUAUUUAAACUCUGCAUUUAUUUGUAUGGUCCCAUUCUGACUGAGAAGGUUUUCUCAUGAAAUUUUUAAAACUGUUAGAAUUUUACUUUGCUGUUUGCUGUCUUCAUUCACACUUACCGUUUAACUUUCUGUAUAACACAAAGGAACUUUUAAUACCUGUUCUAUGUCAUAAAAGAGGAAAACUAAAUACCCUGCAGGAGAGUCUUGAGUAUAGUAGCGAUGGUGAUGAUAGAUUUCUGUUUUGUAAAGGAUGUGAAGGACAAAGUGAAAGACUCUGGCAUUUGUGGGAUUUAGAAUUUGAAAGGUAGUCCUGUCUCUCUGCUUAGUUUGGGUAAAUGGAUAGUUUCAAACAUUGUUUUUAUUGGUAACAUUUAGUUUCCUGCACUCUGAGGCUGGUUAGCUUGGAGGGUAUUGCAAGUGGAAAAUACACGUUGCUACUGGGUCUUCAGUGAACUUGCACGUUUCAUUCAGCAUCUACAUGUUUUAAAAUAAAGAAAUAAUUUGAUUCAAGCCUUCUGUUUCAUGCCAAGACUCAGAAAAGGAAUUGCUUUAAAAAAAAAAAAAAAAAAAUCCCCCAACUAAUAACCCAACCUAUUCUUGCUGUGAAAGGCUGAGCAUUUUUCCAGUUCAGGUGCAUACCAUAUUUAAUUCUGAACUGUAUUCAACCUGUGUAUGCCCGGAGUCAUUAUCCAGGAAUGACUCAAUAUGCUUAGGUUGUCCAAAACAAUGUUGCAGGUGUUGUUAGCACCUGUUGCUUAUGGAAUGUGGGAGAUACUUCAUAGUGUUUGUUACUGUAAAAGGUCUCAUGAGAUGAAAGUAAGGUGUUCUGUCCUCACAGUACUUGGAACAGUAGCAAAAGUACUGUUUGUACUGCUAUGACUGAAGUAAUGGGAAGUUCCACACUGGGAAUGAAAACAUAUAGAGACAUUUUGUUUGAACUUCUAGGGAUUCUAAGAAAUUCUUCCCUGCUUGAAAAAAAUAAUAAUAAUUGUUUUUAAAGGCCUAUUGGUCUUCAUAGUCCUAUGAAGAGUAAUUUUGAUUGUUUUGGUGGUUACAAAUUCUUUUUUUGCCCCUCUCAAAAGUCCGCAUAUUGAGUAUGAGUAUUAGUCACACUUCUUUGAAUGUUUUCAGAACAUUAGCUACUUGCUUGUGUGUACUCUGGGUCUGACUGGGGAAACCUGUGUUUGAGGAGAGUAUAGUGGAAAAGUUAAAAGUUUGGUCCAUGGAUAAGUUUGCAUAAGAGAAUUAUUUCCUCAGUUACUAUAAACUUCAGUAUUUUAGGCAUGUGCACUACCAUUUGAACAGUUUUACACUUCACUGUGCUUUCCUUGUAAAUAUCUGUGGUUAAUAAUGUACUGUUAGAGGGACUUAAAAAGGCAGCCUCCUUAUUCUCUCUGUAUCUGAAACAUUAGAUUGCUGUACUAUACUUAAAAGUUGACUGCAGACUUCUAGACUUGUACUCACUUGUGGGCAAUUUUUGUCCUUCAUAAUAGUUAAAUUCCAUCAUGCGGAAAAUAGUUAGACUGUCUAUAUAAACCUGUGUAUUGGAAACCAGUAUCUCAGAGCACUUCAUUUGUACUACCACUGUAUUUGUGUACUUUAACAAUUGUGUAAAUACAUUCAUAAUAACUUC